UGGGAAAAGUUGUUCACCUACCCCUAGUCAGGACUCAUGGAAGACAUAUCGGUCAAUGGUUUCACCUUUGAACUUCGGAGAUGACAGUGAAGCCAAAAGGAUGAAACCUGCACAGGGUUGUUCGCCUACCCCUAGUCAGGACUCAUUGAAGACAAACCAGUCAAUGGAUUUGCCUUUGCGCUUCAGAGAUGGAAUUGAAGCCAAAAGGCUGAAAUUUGGGAAAAGUUGUUCACCUAGCCCUAGUCAGGACUCAUUGAAGACACACCGGUCAAUGGAUUUGCCUGUGCGUUUCAGAGAUGGAAUUAAAGCCAAAAGGAUGAAACCUGCACAGGGUUGUUCACCUACCCCUAGUCAGGACUCAUGGAAGACAAAUCAGUCAAUGGUUUCACCUUUGCGCUUCAGAGAUGACAGUGAAGCUAAAAGUCCAAAUUUGAAGGAGAGUUCUUCAUCGGAAGGCAGCCAGAUCUCGGAGGGAACCGACGACUCCAUGGAAUUAUCACAGGACAUCACAGGAGAGACUGGCAUAUCCACAAGUGGAUUGUUCACAAAACUACUGAAAGAGGAUCUGUUCAAGUGCCUCAUAUGUGAGGAAGAGCUGAAGGAUCCAGUCUGCAUCCCCUGUGGACACAGCUUCUGCAGGGAGUGUAUUGACUCAGCCUGGGAGCAGCCCAACCAAGAGGGGGUCUUUGCCUGUCCACUGUUACAAGCCUGGCAGCAGUCCAACCAAGAGAGAGUCUUUUCCUGUCCACCGUGCCAAGCAACUUACCGCACAAAACCACUGUAUUACAUCAAUGGAUUUGUGGUUGAGGUGAUAAAGAACGCAAAUUCCAGUGCAGGACUUGGAGAUAUAGUCUGUGAUUUCUGCACAGGGAAAAAGUUAAAAGCUGUAAAAUCCUGUCUGACUUGCAUUGCCUCCUUUUGUGAGUUCCACAAUCGAACGCACUCCGUGUUACAAGGGCACAGUCUGGUUGGAGCAACCGGAGAACUGGAGAGGUGGCUGUGUCCGCAUCAUCGUCUGGUCCUGAACGUCUUCUGCCAGACCGACCAGGUUCACGUCUGCAAGCGGUGUGCGCUGUUGGAGCAUAACGGCCAUGAUAUUAAAGUUCUUAGCUCUAAUGAGCCACUUGUGCUUGCACAGACACCUGAAGGAAGUGUCACCACAGCUUUUGCCUUUGGAUCACCCAAAGCAGUCUGCCCCUUGCAAGACAUGAAGACCCCACCAUCUGGGUUACCCUCAGGACCGCCUCAACAUGCUACGUAUGACCCUAGCACGCCAGUGAAAACGAGAGGAGACGACUUUCACAGCCCAUCGAAGGCGAAAACGGCUCGUAAACUUAUGUUUGAUUAACAGAAACAGACCAAGAACAGGACUAAGUGUUGUUCUUGAUCCCUCCACUCACCGAAAAUGCAGGGCCAGAAACAAACUGUUUCAGAUUUUUUGCAUGCAUGAUAACUUUUGAAAAGGAGGCCUGAUCUUCCCCAAAUAGGUAAUACUCUUUAAUAUAGAAAGCACUAUAUAAUACUGCUAUUUUACAGCUAACACCAUAUAAUGGUUAUGUAGGCCAACGCUUUCAAAGUGGCCAAUUUGCAACAUGGCUGCAGAGACAUCAGAUUGUACGCUUCGGCAUCAAGUGCCACCUGCUAUCAUCAAGGAAUAAAGUAAAAGAAAUAUGCUUGUAUGAAAAAAUGCUUU